AUGACACAAGCCGUUGCUGCUAGAGCAUCUGCCCAUCAACCAUAUCUUGAUGCUGUUCGUGCAACACUGCAAGCUUCUUUUUGUAUUGAAAAUUUCGAAUCACAAGUUGUUGAACGACACAAUAAGCCUGAAGUCGAAGUCAAAACAUCGAAACAAUUAUUACUGAAUCCUGUUGUCAUUAGUCGUAAUCAAAAUGAACAAAUUCUAAUUGAAGGCUCUAUUAACUCCGUACGAAUAAGUGUAGCUGUGAAACAAGCUGAUGAUCUAGAAAAAAUUCUCUGCAAACGUUUAAUGCGUUUUAUGAUGCAACGUGCCGAUGAUUUUUAUAUACUUCGUCGAAAACCUGUCAAUGGUUAUGAUAUUAGUUUUUUGGUAACAAAUUUUCAUGCUGAAAAUAUGUAUAAACAUCGUUUGGUUGAUUUCAUUAUUUAUUUUCUUGAAGAAAUCGAUAAAGAAAUCAGUAAAAUGAAAUUAGAUGUUAGCUCACGUGCGCGAAUGUGUGCUGAUGAAUUCUUUAAAAAAUUUAACUAA